UCUCCCAAGACUAACUGCUUCAAGCCUUCAACAAAGGAGGGUGUGUGGCGAGAAGCUUAAGGAGGCACUUUCCAAAUUGCUGUCUCUGCAUCUCUCAACCUAUCUUUCAUUCCUCCGAUUAGUGAAGGAAGAACAAGGUAAGGUUUAAUUUAGAGGAGUUCAUGGCGUCCAAGUUACAACAAAUACAGUCAAAGGCUGUUCAAGCUUCAAAAUUUGUGGCCAAGCAUGGAUGUGCUUACCAAAAGCAGUUAUUGGAGCAGAACAAGAAAUACAUCCAAGAACCACCUACUAUUGAGAAAUGUAACGAAUUGUCAAAACAGCUCUUCUACACUCGUCUUGCAAGUAUUCCUGGUCGUUACGAGUCCCUCUGGAAAGAACUUGAUUACGUCAAGCAACUUUGGAAGAGUAGGCCGGAAUUGAAGGUUGAGGAUGCUGGCAUUGCUGCUCUGUUCGGGCUGGAGUGCUAUGCCUGGUAUUGUGCUGGUGAGAUCGUUGGAAGAGGAUUUACAUUCACCGGCUACUAUGUCUAAGCAAGGCAAUCUUGAGAAAAACUAGUUGUGGGCGUUCAUUCAUAAAUUUCUCAUUAAGGGUGAUUUUUGUCACUUACCUAAUUCUAAAUGUGAAAUUUUGUUUUUCCUACAAAAAUUUGAAGCUGACGAGUCAGCAUGACAAGAAGUGUGGUAGAAUCAAUAAUCCACCUAGUUGGCUAUUUUUUUUUCGUCUUAAUGAAAUUGCUCUUGAUUGGAAUUGGACCUUGAAUUAAGUUUUACCUCGUCAGUUUCUAUGAGAUACUAGUGCUGCUAUUUGUGAAUAAACUUCUUGAAUAGGUUUAUUUGGAUC